AUGGCAUCGUUGGGACGUAAUCCUUUAUUAAAUAGUAGUGAUAAUCUGAGGCAAGGAUUCUGUGAGAAGAAAUGCGGUUAUGGAGAAUGGAUAUUUCUGUUUUUGUUAUUCCUUUCUGUUGUUGCCAGCUUUGCUUCUGGUAUACCCUCGCAACAGAUAAUGUUGCGUGUUGUUCCGUUCCAGCAACGUACACUCGGGAUUGGCGUUCAUUGGACGUUCCUUCGCCUAUUAGGAUUCAUUCCUGGUGGUAUUUUAUUCGGAAUGAUGAUCGAUACGGCCUGUUUGAAGUGGCAAGAAGCUUGUGGUGCUAAACAAUCGUGUCUUGUCUACGAUCCUUACCGACUCUCAUGGACAAUUAUGGCUGUUGCUGUUGUUUGUAAACUAGUUUCAAUAUUGGCCGCAAUUCUCGGCUAUAUGACAUACAGGCCGAACGACCUAGACAACGGUUUGUCCGUACAAACGGCCGACAGUCGAGGGCCGCUCUCUCUGACUGUGAAUGAUGAUCGACCCGUGAUUAACAGUAAAGUUCUCGAAAGUAUUGAUGGUGCCGAGAGCUGA